GAAGAAAAUAAACUUUACAUCCGGUGAGUGAGUUUGGAGAAGGCGAGGCGCCAAAAAAUAACUUCUUUAUUUUGGAAACAACAAAGACAUUGCUCAUGGGUACAACGGUGGACCCUGGAGAAAUCAUCAUCCUCAGUGACGAUGAAGACGACAUAUCGUGCAGUGAUCAAUCGGUUCUCAUCGUGGAGAUGGAGGAUGUGAAGAAGACUGACUGUGCUGUACCUCCCGCUGCCCUGGAUGAAGACCUGGUCAUCACCUUCUCCCGCCGCGCUGAGGUCCUGCCUCAUGCACGCUACGACUGUCCCAUACAUGCUUUUACGGCUACAGACUGUGAGAUCGGUGCUCCGGUGGCCGGUAACCAGCUCAUGUGUGACCAGUGCUUCUGCUACAUAUGUGACAAGCUGGCGUCGUCGUGUCAAAUGUGGUGUUACAGCGGUAGGUGUCACUGUAACAGCCACAAGAGGAGCGACUUCUGGACCAACAUCAGAAACAGCUCGCUGCUGGGAGGACUGAAGGCUUUCAACCUAACUUUGUCUGAAAUAGAUUCUCACCUCCGACAAGCAGAGACGAUACUGCAGAGCUUCAAACAGGGGCUCUCUGCACAGUUCUCGUCCUUCUUGAAGGGAAAGACUUUAGAUCAAUGCGGCCUGAACCAAUCGAACCAGAAAGGCCUCGUCCACGACUACACACCUGUGUACGAGUUUGUGUCAUCGUUUCUGAACAAAGCAGAUAAACAGGACGGGAGAGCUGCUGCCAUCAUGAGACUGGGAGCCGCUGAGGACUUUAUUAGACAUUUUCCAGCCUCAGGGUAUUUCAUCUCGCAGUCUCCCAUGGCUAAUGCUGUUGAAGCCAGACGGCUGUUACUGCAGAGGGUAGUAGCGUCCGUGCAGAGACAGAUGGUGAUGACUGAUCUAACAUCAGAGUUCAUCCUCAAACUGCAGGAUUUUUACAAGAAGUUCGUUUUCCCCUCUGAGCUGAAGAGCAUGAAGAACAGCCUGUGUGUUCGUCUUUGGGACGACGUCCUGCUGGUGUCCGUGCUGAAGGGGCAGAACGUGUCGGGAUUCCGCAAAGACAAAGGCAAGAAGGACCUCCUGAUUGAACAGAUUUAUAUAGUUCUAUUGAGAACAGAACUACUACAUCGGCAGCACAGGUACAGAGAAUUAUGUCGCUACUUACGAGUCGUCGAGACGGAUGAUUCCAGACUUCUCCAGCAGCUACAGGACCUCAUCCCGUUCUUCAUGUGCAUGGACGGGUCGUUAACGGGCGGUCUGCACAGCUUGUUCCCCUCGGUGAACGCUCCCGCCGCUCGCCUAACUCCACAGCUCUUCCUCUUUUAUUUCCGCAUCUUUAAAACGGCAACGGCACCAAAGGUAGCGUUCAGUCAGUCAGCGCAGCUCUGCUUUUCUGACGCAACGUGGCAGCCAGUUAAAGAUGCUGUGCCGAUACCACAUGUUGUGCUGGUGAGGUUUGCUCUCAGGGUUCAGAGAUGCUGCUCUGCCGUCUUCAUUGAUUCUCAGUGUUGGACCAGUUUACUCAAAGUCGCCAACACACUCGUCGCUCUCCCAGAACCAAGCCCACAGUUUCAACACGAAGCGAAGGAUGUUGUGAAUUCGAUACUGCACGACGGGACGAACAUACAGAUCCCACGUUUCUUUAAGGAGGUGUACCCAGAUCAGGCUUUGUUGCUGUUGGUAACCGGGGCUUUAGGUUUGAGAAUCCUUAGUGGUUCUCUGAGUCCAGCCGUCCCUGUGCUCAACACGUUUAAGGACAACAUGUGGGCUCUCGGGUGGCUGUGGGACAGUUUGUCCUCCAACCCGGAACGGCUCACAUCCUUCCUGCAGGAGAUCUCACAGGAGAUGGAAAACACGACAGAUGGGGAUCAUUUAUUACCCUUUCUUCACACCAUUGUAUCCACUCAGUCUUCUUCAACAGAGAACUGGGACCAGCAGUCCAGUGGCUGUUAAACUCUACUCCUCCUGACUGAAGGCCCCGUCGCAGUGUCAACUAGCUGAUCCCCUCUCUGAUUACUGGCUCCAUUUACACAUAAAACAACCAAACUGUAGGCCUCAUUGCAGACUGAUGUUCCCGUCAAACACAGAGUUCACUGCACCCUCUCCAACUAGACUGAGUUGAGUACAGUGGAGAUCUGGAGGAGCCUCAAACUAAUGAAAUGUAAUGCAGAUGUCAAAAUGUACCUGGACGGACCAGAUGUCAACAGAGCGAUGAAGAGACUUCAAACACGUACUCAUUAUUAUUAUUCAUAAUUUCAUAACAUCAUAGAGACACUUUAUGUUGCUUCAUUCUUCUUUGGGUUUAGUUUUUUUUUUUUUUAUGUUAUGUUUGUGACCUUCUGAAAAUACUCUUGGAUGUUAUCUUUUGUUACAAGUGCUCAUAAGAGGCAAUCAUGUGAUGUUAGUAAAUAAACGGGAAAAUAUAUUUUUAAUGCUGUUUUUGCUUAUGUUGCUUAAUUUAAAAUCCUAAUGUAAAAUAUAUGAUAUUAUUUUCAGAGUAA